AUGUCACGCGCUCACCCAGCCCCUGGCUCUGAUACUAUGAGAGAGCUGAUCUUAAUGCAGGCAAUAAUUAACGCAUACAACGCACCUCCAAAAUUUGAUAUCGCCGCAAAGGCUCUGGGGAUUACUGUACAUGCAGUUUCGGGGCGCUACAAUCGUCUCAAAAAGAAAGUUGAAGCUGCCGGUCUCUCUCACCCGCUUUAUGACAUUGGAGAAGAUGGGCAACCCAUCAAGCGGGGGAGGGGGAGGCCUCCCAAGAGGCUCAAGACUCUCGCUUCAGACAAAGCUGUGCCCGCGGUAUUUGCACAGGACCAUGAUGAUGACGAAGAUGACCCAGAGGCUCCGGGAGCAACGGUAGUUAACUCAACGACUGGGAAUUCUAAGGUUGCCAAAAGUGGGGAUAGGAUCGUAAAACUGGAAUAUCCAUCCUCAGACGGCGAAGGUUCUUUGGAUACUUAA